UUCGAGUGUAAUAAACAGCGGAGACGGAGCAGCACGCUGCACAGGAUCAUCACACACACUGACAUUUGCUGAAGAAGAACAACAACACUUUUUUAUAACCACAAAACUUAAUUUAAAAAAAGAAAGAAAUAAACGAAUAGUGUAAAGUAAAGGUAUUCUCCCUGCAGUCGGGGGCUUUAGGAAACUGCAAGGAAGUCACCAUGUGAUAAAAAAUAUUUGGUAAACGGACAAAAAGGUUGGAUUACAAGAAAACAAGCGAAAGUUAAAAGGGCGUGAGCGGAAUGUCCGUGGAUGAGAAGCCUGAAGCCCCCAUGUACGUGUAUGAGUCGACGGUUCAUUGUACCAAUAUCCUCCUGUGCCUGAACGACCAGCGCAAGCAGGAUAUCCUGUGCGAUGUGACUGUCCUGGUGGAGGGCAAGGAGUUCCGCGGCCACAGGGCCGUGCUGGCCGCCUGCUCAGAGUACUUCUCGCAGGCUCUGGUUCGACAGGCCGAGAAUGGCUUGUUCCUCAGCCUACCUGGAGAGGUCACUGCCAGGGGAUUCGCCCCAUUGUUGCAGUUUGCCUACACUGCUAAGCUGUUACUCAGCAGAGAAAACAUCCAGGAGGUCAUCCGCUGUGCCGAAUUCCUGCGCAUGCACAACCUGGAGGACUCGUGCUUUCGCUUCCUGGAGGCCCAGCUCCGCAGCGAGGAGGACGGCCUGCUGCUGUGCCACAAGGUGGCGCCGGCCGAGGGGAACCACGAGGCUGAGGACGAGAGCAUGCAGUCUGAGACGACAACAAAGGUUGCCUCCCCCCGGGCCCGGCGGCGCGCUGAAUGCUUGGCCUCCUUGCGGCAAGCACCAGACGCGGACCCGUUAGCCAUGGCGGUGCCCAGCGACUUCGCAGACGGACGGCUGGACUUCGACAGGCACGGAGCAUCGGACCUCCCUCGCUGCCCCAAAUACAGGAAGUACCAGUGGGCCUGCAACAAGCACAAUAACGACACCUCCUCACACACCAGUACCUCAGGUUUUCCAAGCACAUUAUUAUUUAAGGAGACCAGCGGUGGCAUCAGCGACGGGGCAGUCCGGGACCAGAGUAGGCCGCCGGUGGCUCAAAUCAAAGUGGAGCCUCGGGCAGAGGAAGAGGCCAUCUCGCUGUGCUUGUCAGGGGACGAGCAGGAUGGCCAUGACAAGGACGACGUGACAGCCAUGGAAUUGGACAGUGUCCCAGUGGUAUCCCCCUCUUCCGUCAAGAGGAGCAAGUCCCCCACCUGCAUCCGCGCCUUCUUCAAGAAAGGAACGGACCUGUCAGGUCUGCCCAACGUGUCACAACAGCUAUUCGCCAACAGACUCGCCAGCGUCUGCCCCGAAGACAAAGAAACCACUCAGGGAGAUUUCAGGCCUUUCACUGCAGUGGAGCUGGGCCUGUCUGUUACAUCCCCAAAGGUAGUGGACGGCUUCCCUCCGAUGCUGUCGUCGCUGAAGUCCGCCUCCUGCGACGGCGUUUGCAAGCAGGAAGUGGAGCUGGACCGCCGCAGUGUCAUCUUUUCCUCCUCGGGGGCCUGCGACCGUCUGGGCACCCCGGCGCAUUCCUACCCCGGUGGGAACUCUUUGGAGAUGGAGCUCUCAGAGCACACGCCAAAGAGUCUGUGGGCUGGUGCCAGCCAGUCCCUCCCCACCUCACAGACCUACUCUCCCAGCAGCGCCCCCACCCUCGCUUCCACCACCACAGAGCCCCCGCCGCUCCUCUGCCACCCGCGGCCCAACACCAGCUGCCCAGUACCAAUCAAGGUGUGCACGCGCUCGCCGCCCUCCGAGACCCGCACGAGGACCUCCAGCUCCUGCUCCUCCUACUCCUACGCGGAGGACGGGAGCGGCGGCUCACCCUGCAGCCUGCCCCAGUUUGAGUUCUCCUCCUCGCCGUGCUCCAACGUGGCUCUCCGCCUCUCCACCGACCAGCAGGACCAGGGCGUGAUAGGGGGAGAUGCCCUCUUCAACCAGGUACGCCCCAAGAUCAAGUGCGAGCAGUCGUACGGCACCAACUCCAGCGACGAGUCGGGAUCAUUCUCCGAGGGUGACAGCGAGUCGUGCCGAGUCGAGCAGGGGCCAGAGGUAAAGCUUCCUUUCCCUGUCGAUCAGAUCACAAAUCUUCCACGGAACGACUUCCAAAUGAUGGUCAAAAUGCACAAACUGACCUCAGAGCAGCUGGAGUUCAUCCAUGACGUCCGGCGGCGGAGUAAGAACCGCAUCGCGGCGCAGCGCUGUCGCAAGAGGAAGCUUGACUGUAUCAUGAACCUGGAGUGUGAGAUCAGAAAAUUGGUGAACGAGAAGGACAAGCUGCUGACAGAGAGGAACCAGCUGAAGGAGUGUAUGGGUGAGCUGUGGGAGAACUUCUCCUGUCUGUCCCAAGAAGUGUGCAGGGACGUGCAGCUGAGCCCCGAGCAGGUCCAGUCCCUGAACCACUACUGCCCGGUCCUGAAGCCCGGCACCAACACCAUCGACAUUGCCGGCAAUGCUGCCUCCAACAGCAUUGACCUCACCACCCACUCCGGCUCAGCCACCCCGGAGCCCAGCUUCCUCAAGUCCCCCGGGCCCUCAGAGAGCGAGCCUGACUCGGUCAUGGGGAAUGGGGCUGACGGGGGGGCGGGCAGCAACGAGGCGGAAGGCCAGGAGCCGAGGUUAUACAUGGAGGCGGGGCUCUCGUUCAAUGAACAGUCCAAUCAGACAGUGACGGUAGACUUCUGCCAGGAAAUGACUGAUAAAUGUACAACUGAUGAACAGCCGAGAAAGGACUGUACUUAGUAAACGGUGGUUUUAAUA